CACCCCACCCCACCCCGUCCCCUGUCCGACGUCGUGCCCAACUGCUCCUUCUCCCUCGGCACGCCACCGGGACGGACGGGGAGGAGGUGGUUCCACACGCCAAGUUACCAGUGCACAUACAAAUCCAGCGUCCACGUCCAAAUCAACGGCCCCGGUCGGCCGAUCUCCCCCGCAACGUGCAGGCAGCCUCCUCUCCCCCCUGCCAAGAAACUGCACCGGCCCCCAGCUCGCCGGGAGUCGGGAGAGACAGACUGACAGAGCCUAUAAGAACUAGACACAGAUCUCGGAGCAAGUAGACCGAUCGAAGGAGAUCAGCGACCAUGCCGACGAUCAGCUGCUGCCACCAGCUCAAGCCCCCGUCUCCGACCCUUCACCUCCAGCCGGCCGGCGGGGCCCAGGCGCCCGCCCACCUCCCUGCGCUGCGCCGGGCGUGCUUCGCGGCGGCGGCGUGCGUGGUGGCCGUCGGGGCGAUGGGCGCCGUCGACGGCGCGGCCAUGGCGCGGGGACCUGUCGACGACGGAGCGGCGCACGGGGCGGCGCUGGUGCACGUGCAGGCGCCGGCGCGGUGGAGCGACCGGAGGCAGUGCCCGCCGUGGCACGCCAACUCGCUGGAGAACGUCGUGCCGGAGAACCUGCCCCGGCCGUCCGCGCGCCGGAGGUACAACGGCGUCGCGGCCGCCGACAAGGGGCGUGCGCCCGCGCCCGACGCCGUGCUCCCGUUCCUGGUGCUACGCUCCGGCUCCGGCAUGGGCUGCUUCUCCCUCUGAAUUUAAUCUAGCUAUAGGUGGUGUAGAUUGUAAGCAGGUGAUUAGACUAGCAGAUUAAUUAAUUACCGUAGCUUCUAGAACAAAUAAGCUAGCUCUCGUAUUGGUGAGAGCUGGGGGUACAUACGACCAACAUAUUGUUUUAUCUGUGAUGAUGUUAUUCUAUGUAUUUCAUUUCAUUGCUCGAAAAAGAGCUAGUUAAUCAUUAUUUCGUCA